CGCACACCCACUGGCUUCAAAGUUGCCAUGGCCAUGGUCACCUAGUAAUCAUCACAUUGCUAAACUCGGAGAACUCACACUCUUUUUUUGCAUCGGUUCACAAGCGCAAAGGGCGGUGCCGAGUUAUAAAUUCAAGAGCGAAGUAUUUCAAGGACUGAACUUCUCUACCACCGCACUGCAGACUCUCUGCUCUCAAACUGCAGUUUGUCUUUUACACGUACACACACUCAGUGGAACUACAGCAGCCAUGCCCUCGGACCUGGAAAAGGCCAUGGAGUCCCUCAUUAUGGUGUUCCACCGCUAUGCCUGCAGAGAGGGGAACAGCAACACCCUGAGUCGCAGAGAACUCCGCGAGCUGAUGGAAAACGAGCUCUCCAACUUCCUCAAAUCUCAGAAGGAUCCUGGUAUAGUGGACAAGAUCAUGAAGGACCUGGACACAAACCGAGAUGGAGAAGUGAGCUUUGAGGAGUUUGUAUCUUUAGUGGUAGGGCUGUCCAUUGCCUGCGAACAGUGUUAUCAGGUGCACCUGAAGAAGACGGGAGCCCAAAAAUAAACAGUGGAGCAACAAGGAAUGUGUACACUUUUAGAAAACUGAAAGUAUAAUCACAUUGUCUAUUAAAAUUUCAGAUUUUACCAUUUCCUGUCAAACUCAAAACAAAGUUUUGUAUGUAUGAUUACUUUUUUUUUUGUAUGAAUAAAUUGAGAAAACAUUGAUGAG